UGCGUGCUGGGAGACGCCUCGCCCAGUUUGCGGGCGGGAAGCCACCCCGAGAACCCGGAUGCGGCGGUCGCUGCGGCUGCUUUUGUGUUCUCACUUUCCGCAGGUUCCUGCUCCGGGGUCGCACCUGAGGAACCGCCGCCUAGACUGGUUUCGGCGCCCAGAGAUUAGGCGCCAGCUUGAGCGGAGAGUGCACUGCAGUCUGAAACGGGCGCCUAAAAGAAGCCCGAGCAUCCUUUGGGCCUGCGCCUCUGGCUCGGAGACGGGAGGCUGGAGACCGAGCGCAGUCUUCUUCCCUCGCCGCCGGCGCCCCAUGCUCGCCCGGGCCACCUCUUAAACGUCCUUAAUACACCAAAAGGUCCUUCCUACCAGUUACCAGCUGCGUGUUCUUUACACGCAUGCUCAUAAUUAAACCUCCCAACAACCAUAUAAGCAAAAUUCUGCAGCAUCUCUGGAAUACUACCUGAGAAUUUUGGGGUGCCAUGUCGAAGAAACGCAAAUGGGAUGAUGACUAUGUUCGUUACUGGUUCACCUGUACAACGGAAAUCGAUGGAACUCAACGCCCACAAUGUGUAUUGUGUAACUCGGUAUUUUCAAAUGCUGACCUCAGACCAUCAAAACUGUCUGACCAUUUUAACAGACAGCAUGGUGGUGUAGGUGGGCAUGAUCUCAAUAGCCUGAAGCAUAUGCCAGCACCAUCUGAUCAGAGUGAAACUUUGAAAGCAUUUGGAGUUGCAUCUCAAGAGGAUGCCUUAUUACAGGCAUCUUAUCAGUUUGCAUAUUUAUGUGCCAAGGAGAAGAAUCCUCAUACAAUAGCUGAAAAAUUAGUGAAACCCUGUGCAUUGGAAAUAGCGCACAUAGUUUUGGGACCAGAUGCACAAAAGAAACUUCAGCAGGUACCUUUAUCGGAUGAUGUGAUCCAUUCUAGAAUUGAUGAAAUGAGCAAGGAUAUCUUACAGCAAGUUCUAGAAGAUAUCAGAUCCAGCCCUCUUCAAGUGGGUAUUCAGCUUGCUGAGACAACUGACAUGGAUGAUUGCAGUCAGCUAAUGGCAUUUGUGCGAUACAUAAAAGGAAGAGAGAUCAUAGAAGAGUUCCUAUUCUGUGAACCAUUGCAGUUAACAAUGAAAGGAAAAGAUGUGUUCAAUCUCUUCAGAGACUUCUUUUUGAAGCAAAAGAUAGCACUUGAUGUAUGUGGCUCUGUUUGUACUGAUGGAGCCUCUUCUAUGCUAGGAGAAAAUUCAGAAUUUGUUGCCUGUAUAAAAAAAGAAGUACCUCAUAUUGUGAUCACACAUUGUUUGUUGAACCCUCACGAACUUGUCACAAAGACAUUGCCUACAAAGCUGAGAGAUGCCCUGUUUACUGUUGUGAGAGUGAUAAAUUUCAUCAAAGGGCGAGCUCCAAAUCAUCGCCUGUUUCAGGCUUUUUUUGAAGAAAUCGGAAUAGAGUAUAAUGUUCUCCUUUUCCAUACUGAAAUGAGGUGGCUUUCCCGAGGCCAAAUACUUACUCAUAUUUUUGAAAUGUAUGAAGAAAUAAAUCAGUUUCUACACCACCAAAGCAGUAAUUUAGUUGAUGGCUUUGAAAAUAAAGAGUUUAAAAUUCACCUAGCAUACCUUGCAGAUUUAUUCAAACACCUAAAUGAACUGAGUGCAUCUAUGCAAAGGACUGGGAUGAAUACAGUAUCAGCAAGGGAGAAGUUAUCUGCAUUUGUUAGGAAGUUUCCAUUUUGGCUAAAGCGAAUUGAGAAAAGAAAUUUUACCAACUUUCCCUUUCUUGAAGAAAUAGUAGUUUCAGAUAAUGACGCAGAAAGCAUUGCAGCUGAAAUAACACUGCAUCUGCAACAGUUGAGCAACUUCUUCCAUGGGUAUUUUUCCGUUGGAGAUCUUGAUGAGGCAAGUAAAUGGAUACUGGAUCCAUUUCUUUUUAAUCUGGAUUUUGUUGAUGACGGUUAUUUAAUGAAAAAUGAUCUUGCUGAAUUACGAGCUAGUGGCCAAAUUUUAAUGGAAUUUGAGACAAUGAAACUUGAGGAUUUCUGGUGUGCUCAAUUCACAGUGUUUCCAAACCUGGCAAAGACAGCUCUAGAAAUUCUUAUACCAUUUGCAACGACAUACCUUUGUGAAUUGGGAUUUUCAUCACUUUUACAUUUUAAAACAAAGUCCAGAAGCUGCUUUAAUAUGAGUGAUGACAUCCGUGUGGCUAUUUCAAAAAAAAUUCCUCGUUUCUCAGACAUCAUUGAACAAAAGCUGCAGCUACAGCAGAAGUCACUGUAAGCUGACACACUUUUUUAUGUGUAAUUUUUAAUAUAUUCUCAAUUCCAUUGUAAAAUUAAGCUAUGAUCCUGUCUCUUUUAUAUUUAUGGUAUACCAAAUCCUAUGUUUAAAAAAUUUAGCAUCUUUAACUUUUAAUUUUUACAUGAGUCAUGUGAAAAUAUGUUUUAAGAAUAAGAGGACAAGCAGCAGAAAAGAUUUAGUACCACUGCCUAGUUGAUAUGUAGGAUUCUUCUAAGUAUCUGUUUCACCUGUUGAUGUGAUACAUAAAAAAGACACCCAAGCACUAGAACAUCCAGCUAAAUGGUCAGUAGGCUAGGAAUGGAGCCAAGAGAAAAGAGAAGACCUUCCAGAACAUGCCUCUUCAUGUUAAGAGUACUAGUCAAAAGACAAAAUGACAGGCUGAAUCUUCCCAUUUCUGUGAGGGUUGUUAAUGAAAUCAGAAGAGGAUUAUGAAAUGUUCUAGAGGGAGAAGGGAUGACUCUAGUUUAUGUGGGAUUUGUUUCUGAAUGUAUUCUUUGGAGUUAGUCUCACAAUGUCCAGUCUUCUGGCUACUGUGCUCUAAAUACCAUGACGUUAAUAAAUAUCUUAAUAUCCUA